AUUCGGGAAGAAAAAGCCAGAACAGCGUUCAUCCCAAUCUUGUUGGUUUGAUUCCUUCACAUGGCUCCACUACGAUGAGAGCCGGGACCUUGCGUUCUGCCAUCUCUGCAUGGCGGCCAAGAAGUUGGGCAAGAUCGGCAACACGAAGGUCGACGGCAGCUUCAUCAGUGACGGCUUCUUCAACUGGAAAGCGGGUACCGAGAAGUUCCGGAAGCACGACGAAAGCGAGUGCCACAAGGAGGCGGUCGAGCGACUGGUGACGCUUCCCGCCACGACGCGUGACGUGGGAGAGAUGCUGUCAGCGGGGCACGCUAAGGAGAAGGCCGACAAACGGAAGCAGCUGCUGCAAAUCCUACGCAGCAUACGGUUCCUCGCAUGCUCGAAAUGUGGAUACAUUAUUUACUAAUCAUGUCAUAUUGUAUUGGUUGUUGUGUAUUUUCAUGUGGACGAAUGUCAAACGAACCUCUUUAUGUUCCCAGUACAGAAACUGGACCGCCCCCCCCCCCAAUGUUGGGAGGUUAUCUACGCCCCUGAUUUAUAAUGAAUUGGCAAUAAAUAAUGCUCUAUUUUUAUCUAUAAUGAAUUGGCAAUAAAAAAUGCUUGUCUUUUUAUAUAUAGUGAAUUGGCAAUAAAUCGUACUAAACAUUUUUCUGUUACAAUGGAUUGGCAAUAAAGAGUACUCAAUGUAUUUUCUUUCUCAAAUAAAGUGUACAGAAAUCGGGACUAAAUAAUGAGUUGACAACAUAUAGG